AUGACCUUACGCGCUGAGGUGGACAUGCUCCUGCAGGUAAUGACCUUAAACAUGUGGAGUGAGCCAAAGUCUUGAUAGAAACUUGUACAUGUCUUCGUUUUAGGGCACCCAUCCUCAUCCAGAGCACUUCAAAGAUAUCACCCCAUCCAUCAUCCAAAAGGUGUGUACAUUUUUACAGGCUGUUUAACUGCAAACUUGAGACAGACCAGAGUAGCCGUCAUGGGUUUUCUCUCUCUCUCUAAAUGAUGGUGUCCUGAAGUGUUGACUGUGAUUCUGGUUUGUUUAGGAUACGCUUGUAGCUGACGCUGUGCCCAUCCUGUCUGAAGAGGAUCUCCCAAAGAGGGACGUCCCACAGGUUCUGACGCCCUCACUCACCCAGAGCACCGGAGGUCAACGACCUCAGACACCACCAACAGGUCCUACAGCUCCUCCUGCUCCUCUGAGUCUUGUCUUAAUAACCUUUCCUGCUGUCUGAAGUAGCUCUGACUGAUGCACAGGUCACAGUCUUUAUUUCCUGCAGGCUCUCUUACCGUGGGGGAGUGUAACUUGUGUGGUGGACCGUCAUCCCUGGUUUGCCCGUCUUGUGACAAGAAGCCUUUUUGUGAUGCAUGCGAUGACUUCUUUCACCGUCAUCCUGCAAGAGCCAAUCACAAGAGAGACAAACUACAGAAAACAAAACAAGGUACGACACAUUAAAACACAGUUGCACUUCUCUUUUUUAGACCUGGUUCUCAGACAGUUUUAGUGACUCUAUGAGCCACGGAUUGGAAUUUUCAUGGACUUGUUUCCCGCAGAGACCUGCAGCAUCUGUGGGAUUUCUCCCUUGUACGCUCAGUGCUUCACCUGUGCUCAGGGGCUGUGUCUGAACUGUGACAAGCUUUUCCACUCCCACCCCGACCGCAGAGAUCACAACAGGAACAUCAUCACGGCGGCUAAAACGUCCAGGUGAGGAGAAACAGGAACUCGGAAAUGAUUCACUGUCAGUUAAUUCAUGUGGGUUGACAACAGAGAGGAAGAAGAAGGUCAAAUGGUGACUGAGUUUUCAUCAAAUUAAUCAAAUUUCUAGUCUGAUAUUGUGAAUUUCAACUCUUAUGUGGUUUGUACCGUCUAUCUCAUUAUUGUGGCGUUUGAUCCUUGUUUUUAUUCUCAGAUAUUCAGUCUUUGUGAAGCAAUCAAGCUGUAUCUUUUGUCUGAAGUAACAUGCAAUGAUUAUUUUUGUGUAAUUACCAAGAUUUUAAAUAUUUUUUGCUGCACAAAGAUUCUCUAUACCUAAUUUCUUUCACAUAUUUUACAAUUUUUGGUCUUAAAAUAUAGAUUUUAAGUCAAAUACAUUUUCUGCAAAAAGUGUAAAUUAGACUUUAGUUCAACUUUUCUUUGAGUUUUAUGUCCCAUUCGUUCUUAAAUUUAGUCUUUUUUUAAUUUAACGGUGUUUCUUUAGAUUUGUCUCACUGCUUUCUAUCGUUCUUGGUGCACAAAGGGCCAAAGCAAAAAAACGAAACUGUUGUCAUUGGAGUAAAUUUUCUGCUUUUCUGUCCCUGUCAGUCCAUCUCUGUCCCCCUAG